AUGGCCAGUAAACAACAACAACAACCACAGACUUCCAUAUGGUUAAACAAUCCAUUAACAAAUUUAUUUAGGAGAUCAGGCCGAAAACCAAAAAAGGAAGCAAAACGAGAAAACGAAGAAAAUUAUGUUGGAAUAGUAUCUGGGGAUAAAAAAACAAAAAGGUCAGCAUCUUGUGAUACUUUACAUCAAAGUAGAUUAUCUACACGUUUUGUAGAUAAUCAAAAACAACAAAGAAAAACUCCAGAAUUAUUUAUAAAUGGAAAUUCUAUAAAAGAAAAUCCAUUUGUUCCAAAUAAAUUAUACAAAACAAGCAAAAGUGAGGCACAAACACAAAAAGCAAGAUUACCCUCAAAAACUCGUUGCACAUCUAAAAGUCAACAAAAUAUUUCUCGUCUAAUCGACACAGAAGAAAUAAAUGUCAUAAACACAACAAGACAUUCCCGUCGUGAUCAUUCACUUGGAGCAACUCCUCGAAUUUCUACAAAUUCUCAACAAAUUAUUCGUCAAGUGCCCAUUAAUAUAACAGAAAAAUAUUUAAAUAAUUUUGAAGAAAAUAAAAAUAAAUAUUUAUUAAAUACAAAAACAAUUAAAAACAGUGUUAGUUUAACUAAAAUUAUCACAACAUCUACAACAACAUUAAUUUGCCCUAUAACUGCAAGUAAAGAAUGUCAACAACAAAAAGAAAAUUCUGAAUAUUCUAGUAAUAAUAGUCAACAACAAAAACACCAAAAUUAUAAUGAUAAAAGUAAAGAAGAACGAAAUUUGGCUUUAGAGGUGGGGUAA